UUGCAGAUCAGUUGGACUCAUGUAGCGGUACCUGUGGGAAGUGUUUUGCUUCGUGAUCGAGUCCCACCACUGUUGUUGUACGCAAUCCGCGCGUUCGUGUUGUUUUUUUUUUCGGUGACCUUUUUUUUGCGUGCCAGACUUUGUGCGGUUGACAUCAUCAGACUGCGAAAAAGAGAAAAUAAAAACUAACGGAAGCGAGAUUCCACACGUCGGUAGGUGGUUUUCCGGUGCAUUCUUGUGACCUGCGAUUGUGAGGGGUCUACCGCGCGCCGGUUCAUAGUGAAAAGCAAAAUCAGAAGAAGAUUUUUGCAUGCCAAGGAAUGCUGAUCGGAAUGGAAUUGCGCCCCACGACGAAAACGAUGUUGGCGGCUUUGACUGGUUUCGUACCGAGAGUGCAGUGACAGUGAAUUAAUUUGAUGCCCUACGGCUGACGUUUACCUGUUUAUAGGUAAUCGGUGUUUUUACAUUCAGAAGAAGGCCGCUAAAAUAUGUAUGAAAUUAAAAAUUCAAAAUUGCAACAAUAAAAAGUCCGCGGAAUUAAAUUAUUGAAGAGAUUUAUCAUCUGGAACGCGUGGCCCCAAAGCGAGCGGGGAAGUGGCGGUCAUCGAUCCAGUGCCGCAUGCCGGAGAAACCGACUAGAUUGCAGGGAGAAGCCGGCCGUUUGGCUGUAUAGUGGGUGUUGGCGAAAAGUAGGCAAGAGGAAGAAUUUUAACCCAAACCUGUUCGUGACAGUUUUGCCCAUAUCUUUUUCUUUAUGUUCGGUAUAAAUUUUUUUCUCGAUACGCGCAUAAAAAAAUAUUUUAUAAAUUAAGUGGAACGUUUGCGCGCAGUUGAGACCGAGGAAAUAACGAACAUAAAUAACGUCGAAAGAGUUACAAGAAGUGGAAGCUAAAAGUGCACCAGGAGAAAAGGAAAAGUAAGUAAGCGAGUGUGCGAAACCGGGGAAAAAAGCAGCGAAGGUUGUCGAUGAUGGUCCACGAAGUAAUGCGGAGAUAAACGGAAUCUGUUCUUGUGCAUGUGUAUGGUUGUAUGUGCGCGUGUGAUUCAUUUUUUUUAAACCGACUUAGCAUGAGACGAGAGCACACCUGAGGAGCCCAGCUGUGCGCGCGGCGAAGUGAUCGGAGUUGGAGCUGAUUUUGGUUGGCCUUUUUCCGGCUGCCUCAGCAACGGCGCUAGUUGAGGGCAAGCAGACUGCCUAUUUAUUGAGGUUAGAUGCGAUCGACGGCUUAACUAGAGUAGUGCAUCCUAUGUAAUUCCUCAGCAGAAAAUGAGAGUCAUACAACGAGACUUUGCCGGCAAUUAAAUUUUUAGGCGCACAUAAUCUGUACAGCAACUUUUUGUUUCUUCUGUGGCUCGUCAUGUCCUUAUACCACGAACAUGAACUGCACCGCAUUGAAUAGUAACCAAAUCGAAACCACACCCAAUAAUCAUCCCCGACUGGCGGUCAACACAGCUGUGGCCCGCAACACUGUCGGGGUUCCAGUGGCAUCUUCAGCUACUCCAGGAAUAUUUUUCCAUCACACCAACAAUCUACUAGAUGUACCGCGACCAAACAAUUCCGAGGAAGAAAAUUCCCCAACGGAGCUCAACAGUUGCCGUAGGAUAGCAGAGAAACCACCUUUAGUAAAACGUCUGACCAUGGGUAUUCUCCGAACGGCCGAAGAUAGCCGACCGCUCGUUCAUAGUUCUUCUCCGUCAAGCUCUUCCAGCUCAUCCCAGACCAUCUCCGAUGGGUAUGUGAACGAGGGCAUAUGCGGGGACACUGCAGAAGCGAAUGUAGUUUUCAACAAGUUUGGUGACUCAUGUCAACGAUCUCUGACUACAAGCCAAACGACCGGUGCGGAAGGAUCACCACGGUACAACCACAGCCAAGUUGCACUGUAUCCUCAAUCUGGUAUGCCGAUAUCCCUGCGAAACGACAGUCUCAGCCUGAAAGAACAGCACGAACUGAAAGGUGCUCCCUGGUUCCAGGCUGGUAUUCCUCGGGAGAUCUCGUUAGAAGUUCUGUGUCGACAAAAUCCGGGAUCAUUUCUGGUACGCCAGAGCACCACCAAACCAGGCUGUUUUGCUCUGUCUCUCAGAGUACCACCACCAGCACCAAAAGUAGCGCAUUAUUUAAUUUUAAGGACGAUACGAGGUUAUAAAAUUAAGGGCUUCACCAAGGAAUUUAGCUCACUAAGAGCACUGAUAACACACCAUUCUGUGAUGCCGGAGCUGCUUCCCGUUCCCUUAGCGCUUCCACGCCCCCCUCAGGUGGGCCAACGACAGGAGGAUCCGGAGAUGUAUGGUUCUUUGAAUGAAUUUCAAAAAAUUCUAGCAGAUUAGCGUUUAAGCUUAGUAAAGUUGAUCUGUGGCAAAUUAUACCUAUGAGAUUUGAUAUUAAUGAUAUGCAAAUUAUAUUCUGGAUUAAAUAUAGUUCGACUAGUCAUCUAACCAUUAACAUAAAAUUAUAACGUGUUAUCAGGUUGAAAUUAUAUAGGUAAACAAAUUUGGCUUCUAUUGAAUCGGCUACUAGCUCAAAAUAUUGGAAGAUUGAAAUGUAAUCAAAUGUUCAGUUCAAAAUGUUAGAGAAUGUCAUAUACAAGCAAGAAGUAGAUUAAAUGUUGAACAAUUAUAGAUAAAUAAAAUGUAAUGAUGAUCAUUGA